UUCCGAUGAAUCUCGAAGGCGAAGCGGGCAACGAGAAGCAAAUGGAAAGGCCGGUGACCCGUUGGCGCCGCGAGACGCUCGACAAGACCGUAAAAAAGAUCGAAAGUAAUGAAAUCGAAAGACCGACGUCUAGAAGAGGAAUCAAAGAGGAGAUCGAAGAGUACGGUAGUAGCUUUCGAUCGGCGACUCCUGCGGCUAGAAAUGCGCCAUUGACCGUUAGGGCACCUUCGGCUUCUAUUUCGGGUUUGUCUCGUUUGAAUACGGGACUAUCGAUGUCCGGUCUGGAAAGACCCAUCACCCAGCACGGAAUCGCCUCUAUCCGUCCUGGAACUGCUGGCAGAGGCACGUCGAUGACGAGACAAGUCCAGGAUAAAAGAUAUUACGAGGGACUCGUACAAUUAAAAAUGCGAGAAUUGUCGCAAGAGAUGGCGACUAUCGUACGGGACAUCGACAUGCAGAACAAGGAAAGGGCCACUAUAUUGCAUUACGAUAAAAGAGCGAAGGAUUUGGCAGGGGAAUUAACGGCGUUACAGGGAGAACUCGCCGAUUAUAAUAUCGUCGUCGAUAAAAUGAGCUCGAACAUUGAAAAGGAAUCGAUCGACCAAGAGACGAAAGAAUUAUUAUCGAGAAACGAACGGUCCAUGGCCGAGAUAGAGGAUAUGUUCGAGCGUAGGCAAGAAAUGGAGCAACGACUGCGCAGAACGGAAAAGGAAAUGGGAACGGUGAGGGAACGUACGGAUAAAUUGAUCGACAUGAUGGAUCCAGGUACGAGAGAAAGGUACGAGAUAUUGCGGAAGGAAAAGGUUAAGGUCGAGAAAACGAUCGCCCUUAUGCAGGAGGAACUCGAGGCGUUGUCGAAGGAACAGGGCCACUUCGAGGAACAAAUGGCAUUGUCCCCUUUUAAACAGGAGGCCGUUAAGUUGCACGUUAAGAUUAUGGACGGCGAAUAUAAGAGGGAUAAACUGAGGGAGGAAGAGGGUAACAGAUUGUCGCCUGAAAAAGAAAGGGAAGAAUUAUUGGUAAAGAUAAAACAGGACAAUAUGGAGAUGGCGGCCGCGGAGGCCCAACUCGCGGGUAAAAAGAAACGUCUGGCCGAGGUGGAGAUGGAAUUGGAACGUUUGGAGACAGAUUUGGAGGACGGCAAUGCGGAUAAACAAACGAAAUAUAAAGAGUUACGAAAGCGGGAGGAAGUUAUGGAGCAAUUCGCUGCCACCUUCGACGACAAUAAAGCCGAAGAAAUGGAAAGGAUAAAGAAAUUGGAAAUAUCGAUAGUCGAGUAUUUGGAAAGAAUAUCGAACGGGGGCGGUGACGGCGAUGGGAAUAAUUUAACGAGGAACGAGGAGGUUUUAUUGAUUCUAAAUAAGUCCAAGCAUGACGAUUAUUACGACACCGCCGAGCGUACUAAGGCAAAUAAUAUUAAUAAUAAUCGAAGUUUCGAAAUGCUAAGAAACGAUUAUAUCGAUUUAAAGGAGACAUUGCGCAAAUUGGAAAUAUUUGAGGAUAAAUUGAGAUUAGAAAUUGGCGAUAUUAAUGAACAAACGCACGGCAGGGAAUAUGAAUUAAUUCAAUUGGAAGAUUUCAAUGGUUUCAAAGUGAAAGAUCAAAUGAAACGCGAGGAUGCGAAUGUCGAGCAUAAAAGGCUGAUGGACGAGCGAACGAUCGGCGAGGUAGAAUUGAAAACUGUCAACGAUGAUUACAAACGAAUCAAGGAGCAUUUCAACGAUAAUAGAAUUUUUCUCGAGAUUGAGGCGCUUGAAAAGAAAUUAAUCGAUCUGAGGGAAGAAAAUAAGAAGAGCAAUGAUUUAAUCCUACGACAAAAGGAACAAGUUGAUUAUUUACCGCGUAAGCAGCAAGCCUUGAAAUUGAUGAAAGAAUACGGUACGAUACUCGAAGAAAAUUCCAAAACUCUUUAUUGA